UUCAUUUCUUCACUCACUACUCGCUGCUUAAACCCUAGUUCAUCGUUUCAUUUUCAGACAGUGAUAGUGCAAUGGAGGAAGCAGCCCUACCCGAAGAGAUAAUAGUGCAUAUCCUCACCUUCCUGCCCGUGAAAUCCUUACUCCGAUACACCUGCGUUUCCAAACGCUUCCAUUCCCUCAUUCUCUCUAACCCCAAAUUCGCUCAAUCCCAAUUCCGAGCAGCUCGUGACCGCAAAACCAAUACUCAGAGACUCCUCUACUCCACGAACGCCCGUAAACUCGAAUCCCUAGAUUUGGAUACGCCCUUGUUUGGAGAUCCUUCCACUGUCAGAGAGCUCAGAUUUCCUUCCCAGGCACCGUCCCGUGAUGUCUCGCUACUGUGCUCGUGCAACGGUAUUGUAUUCCUCGCUUUUGGCGCUUUUUUUGGUGUGUACAUAUUUUAUAUGUGGAACCCUUCAACUGGAUUCUUCAAGAAAUUACCUGACCCGGAUUUUUUCCCAUAUAAUUAUGAGGUCCUCGCUUAUGGCGUUGGGUAUUUUCCGGCCACCAAUGACUACAGAUUUUUCGUAGCCUCCGCUGAUUCUUUAUCUGUUGACAAGGAUAAGGCCGCAAUUUUCUCGUCCAGAGCUCACGCUUGGGAAACACUUGAGGAGGUCGAUUCGGAUGAGUUCUCUUUUGUCUCUGAUCAGGGGAUUCUUUUGAAAGAGGCACUUCAUUGGGUGGAUAACCGAGAGGAUCAAAUCUUGGCUUUUGAUUUGGGUCAGGAGGAGACGCACAAGUUUAGGAAAAUGUUGCUGCCGCGGGAUUUCAGUGAUGACGGAGGUUACAACUAUGAGAACCAUCUUGGAGUUUCUGCUGGAGGAUGCCUGUCUCUAGCUCAUAAUUUAAGGGCUUCCCUUGACUACAUUGAUGUAUGGGUCAUGGGAGAGUAUGGUGUGCGUGACUCGUGGACUAAGCUCUUUAACUUGAAGCUUUUGGAUCCCCCUAAGGACGUUCGAUGGUAUUACAAUCAUGUCUUGGUUCUCGAAACUAGUAUGGUUACCCAAAUAUAUGUUGGCGAGAGGAGAAAGGUUAAGGUUGGGUUGAUAAAGAUUGUACAGAAAGAAGAAGACAAGUGUAGCCGCGAAUCGUAUUAUAAAGUUAACCGCGAAUGGAUUACCAUGAUUGACUAUCAAGAGAGUCUACUUUGGAUAGAGGAUUAGUCUUCUUUUGCUCUCUGCAUACACUACUGGGGCUUUCGGAUGUACAUUUGCUAGAGCAAGCUUUAUGGGAGGGUUCUUUGAUCUAGUGGUGAUGUGGACAUUUGUCCAAUGGCCGGGUGCAACUGCUUGGAUGCAUAUUUCUUGUUUGAUGGUGUUUUGGAUGUACAAUUGCGAUAACAAAUUUUAUGUUUUGGUGAAAUUAUGACUAUAUAUUGAGUUGUGUAGUUGGGUUUCAAAAAUGGAACUCGUGGUACCAGCUUGUCAG